ACAUGUAACCUCUCUAAGGGGAGGUGUGUAAGUGCAGCUCUCUCCUUAAAUCACCAUCACUGAUAAAGAGAUCACAAUUAUCUACAAGUUGCAAAGACAAAGAUGGCUAGUUCAGAGGAGCCACAUCUUCGGAUUGUACUUGUUGGAAAAACUGGAGUUGGGAAGAGUGCAACAGGAAACACUCUCUUAGGAAAAAAAGUAUUCAAGUCGAAGCUGUCAACUUCUUCACUGACAACAGAGUGUCAGAAGGAAGUAGGACAGUUUGGUGCUCAAACUCUGGCUGUAAUUGAUACUCCAGGCCUUUUUGAUACCAGUAAAACUGAACAGGGGGUGAAAACAGAGAUUACUAGAUGCAUGUCAUUAGCUUCUCCUGGUCCUCAUGUAUUCAUGGUCGUGAUCCAGCCAGGGAGAUUCACCAAAGAAGAACAGGAAACUGUAAAUAUCAUUCAGCAGAUGUUUGGAGACCAAGCAACACGUUUCACAAUGGCUUUGUUCACCCGUGGAGAUGAUCUGGAGGCAGAAGAAAGUCCCAUAGAAGAAAUAAUAGAGGGAAAUCCAGCUCUGAUGAGGUUUGUCAAUCAGUGCCUGGGAGGAUACCAUGUCCUUAACAACAGGGAUGGAAAUCCAGAGCAAGUAAAGCAGCUACUGUCAAAAAUUAACACAAUGGUUCAGAGAAAUGAUGGACGGUGUUUCAGCAAUGAAAUGUUUGAAGAAGCAGAGAAACCAAUAAAAGAAGAAACUCAGCGGCUUCUGGCAGAAAAUCCAGGCUCAGACCUCAGAGUGGUGCUGGUGGGUCAGGAGAGAGUUGGGAAGAGCUCGGCAGGAAACACCAUCCUGGGAAAGAAGGAGUUUGAAUGCCGGUUAAUCUGGACCCCUCUGACUCUGAAAUCUAAGAAGGUAGAAGGCAUUGUUGAAGGUCGUAGAGUGUCUGUGGUGGACACCCCUGGACUCUUCAGUAGUCAGCUUUCUGCAAAGCAGGUGAAAAAACAACUGAACAAGGCUGUCAAGCUGAGCUCGCCUGGUCCUCACGUCUUCCUGCUCACCAUUCAGCUGGGGAUGUUAAGCAGAGAGGAGGAGGAAAGUAUGGAGAAGCUGCAAGAGAUGCUGAGUCCGGAUGUCUCCAAGCAUACCAUGCUGCUGUUUACCUACGGAGACAAGCUGGAAGAAACUGACAUGGCUCAGUUCAUCAGAGAGGACACCAAUCUUCAGAAGCUACUGAGCAACUGCAGCGGCAAGUACCAUGUGUUCAACAACAAGAAAAUGGAGGACAGGGAGCAGGUCCAUGAACUGCUGGACAAGAUCCAGGAGAUCUCACAGAAUGGGAGUCUGAGUUAUCAGAGAGAAGGUCCCAUAGAGAGCAUUUCCAGGGGAAUUCUUGAAGGGUGUGAAAGGCUAAUGUCUGAUUUUUACUCUCUCUUCACAAGGGGACAGACACGUGAAGAGGUCCAUAACAGUGGAGAAAGGCCGAAAAAGAGCAGCUUUAAAAAUAGAAACUCAAAAAAAGAGAAGAGGGCUUAAAUAAUGAAAUAUAAGAAUGGGAAAAAUAUGAAGGAGAAUAUUAGAGAACAUCCAUCCAUCCAUCCAUCCAUCCAUCCAUCCAUCCAUCCAUCCAUCCAUCCAAUUCUAACACGCUUAAUCCCAAGUGGGGUGGCGAGGGCUGCUGGUGCCCAUCUCUAGCUGUCAAUGGGCGAGAGGCGGGGUGCAUCCCGGACAGGCCCCCAGUCCAUCACAGGGCUAUUAGAGAACACUUUGGCCUUUUAGUUUAAUCCAUAAAUUUUAAUUAUCUCUUACAUUGCUGAUAUUGCCACAUGAUUUAUCCAAAUUAGAUACAUAAAUAGUUAAUAGAACUGAAUGACUAAAUGCUGAUAAUGCUGAAGUCAAAUGGUAUUUCAAAAAUCAGUAGGGAUACCUAUGCUGCUUUAUUACAAGGUAUAUCUGCAGAAGUAAUGAUACUUCAGUCUUAUUUGUGGUUCAGUAGUAAAAUGCUCAGAAGAUCAUGUACGCUGGAAAUAACAGUUUAUGAGCCAGGAAAUCUUGGCAAUAACAUAUUUUUCCUUUUUAGGCUAUCAUGCCAAAACACCACAUAAACAUUCCAGUUAGAUUUCCACAUAGCAUUGGUCGUGCUCAGACAUUCACACAAUGUUACAGAGAAGAUAAACACGGCUUAGGGGGGAGGAGGGUUUGGGGAAAAAGCUUGAGACUUGUGACGAUGAUGAGAUCUGUUUCUGUGUAUUUUUGGACAGCAUGAUGAAUUGGACUUGUCAAUAAACCUUUUUGUCCCCUGUCUGGUUUUGGACAAAUGAA